AUGCUCCGUCGCAAGCCUACAGCCAUCGCAAUAACAUCUGAAGAUGUUUCUAAUUUCGAAGACACACGACUGCGCAAAUUAGCCGAAGGAGAUAAUGACCCAAGGAGUACAAAAAACAGUUCAAAUACCAAUUUCGACCCAAGUGAUGAAUUAAAACCUCUCCCGGGAGAUAAAGCGAGGAUAGUCAGAUCCCGUGAGGAAAGGAUAGGAAUCAGUCGGCGCAGCUGA